GUCAGCCCUACCCCGGGAUGCAUCCGAGCCCUAAUGAAGAUGUUGUACUGCCCUUACUGCCGGGGACUUCCCACUGUGAAACCUUGCAACAACUAUUGCCUCAACGUAAUGAAGGGCUGCCUUGCAAACCAAGCUGAUUUGGAUACCGAAUGGAAUCUCUUCGUAG